GUACCUGAUUAUGCAAUAAAUUUCUGUGAUGGAAAGUCUACAAGACCAUUUUCACGAUUAUGGUGGGAUGAAACAGUGCCAACUCUUCUGUGUCGACCAGAUCUUCACAGCCAGUCAAUUUUACAUCCCGAGCAAGAUAGAGUUCUCACAAUUCGUGAGUGUGCAAGAUUGCAAGGGUUUCCUGAUUAUUACGAGUUUUGUGGAAGUGUGAAAGAAAGAUACUGUCAAGUAGGGAAUGCGGUGGCCAUUCCAGUUGCACGUGCCUUGGGAUUUGCACUGGGAAUGGCUGUGAGGAAGCUGACUGGAGAUGAACCUAUCAUGACUCUUCCUCCCAAGUUCUCACAUUCCACAGCUAGUUGUUGCAAUCUUCAUCCUAUUUAGUUUGAGUUUCUAUCGGGGUCAUAUUGCUUUCGUUUAAUUAAACAAACUCUUUAUGUGAAGAUUAGCCUUGUCAGCUUUAUUUGUAUUGUCUAGGCCUAUUUAAGAUUAAGGUUAAAAUGAGUACCGUUGUUUUUUUUCCCUUCCCUGAUGCACAAAUGUGUAUUUUUAGUGAGGUAACUUGAAGAUUGUGCCAUUUUUUCCCCCUUUGCUCUUUUGUUUUAUGGUAAAUUAUAUUAAUCUCUUCAGAAAAUACAUCGAAUCUUACAAGUUUGGAAUAAUGCAUAAUGCUCUUUUAAGACUUUAA